AUGAUUGUUUUAACAUAGCUCCAGCGCUUUAUUUUGCACCAUUCGAUGAUCGGACGUACACCCACAAACAAGUUAAUCCUCUUUGAUAGCUUUCGUUCAGUCCGGUCUGCCUCAUAGAUUGAUGUGGAAAUAUGAAACCAGUGCCGAAUUUAAUAUCGUUAUAAGUGACCAUCAACCUAACAGCCGCUCCUCUGCGUCAAGUGCCGUGGGCGUUUUUUUUUAUCAAACGAAGGAAAAACUGUCGGAAAAUGUUACUGCUGAGACUACUGGCGGCGAUAGCAAUAUGGUCAAGUGGCGGCGGAGUUGCCUGGAGUGAAGUUAGAAAAUCGAGAGCGCUUUCGAAUUUGGGUGCUGCUGCUGCCAGGGACCGAAGAUUUCUGCCAAUUUUCACGGUUUUCCAGUGGGGACAAGGCUUAUGUUCAGCUUCUUCUGGCGAGUACGGUUCGUGCCAACCUAAUAAUGAAUGCGUAUUGAGAGGUGGAAUACCUGCUGGUCCUUGUGCUGGCGGAUACGGAACAUGCUGCAUUUUUAUGGCUUCCUGUGGUGGAGUGGCUCGAGAGAACGGCACAUACUUUGUGAAUCCAAACCACCCGGAUACAACUGACGGCACCGGCAGUUGUCAGCUUACUGUACUGAAGAUGCAUCCCGACAUUUGUCAAAUUCGGUUGGAUUUCGAUCAAUUUACAAUCAAUGGGCCGGAAAUUGUCAAUCACAUUUGCAAUAACGAUCAGUUCCUGGUUUCCGGAGGCAGCCCAGCGCCCACCAUCUGCGGAAGCUCGAACGGGGAUCAUAUGUACAUUGAUGCCGGAAUGGGACAGAGCAAUCCUAUUAUUCUUACGGUGAUAACCAGUGGUCCCAGUUUUCCACGAUCGUGGAGGGUACGAAUUUCACAGAUACCAUGUGGAGCGAUUUCAAAAGCGGAACAAGGCUGCCUUCAGUAUUUCACCGGUGUCAGCGGAAGAGUUAAGAGUUUCAAUUUCGAUACAAUAAGUGGUCGACAGCUUUCCAACCAGGAUUACAGCAUCUGUAUUCGGACGGAACGAAACUUUUGCAGCAUCCAUUACACAGCGUGUCCGGAUAUCGGGCGGAACCGAUCCCGCACGUUCACCCUAUCCGGAAACUCCAACAGCAUCGUGUCAUCGAUGGUCGGAGGUGGUACACAGGGAACUCCCAACUCAUGUACCAAUGAUUGGUUGAUGAUUCCUUGCGCAAAGGUAGCGGACCGGCUGCCGAUGGCCAGCACCUGUGAGGAUAAACUUUGCGGGGGGACAUUCAACGCGGAGGUAAGUUCGGUGGAGAGGACAGUGGUUUCCACCGUAAGACCGUUCCGAUUGGCGUUUCAUGCCGAUUCCAUAGAAGCACCGACCGAUGUCGACAACAGGGGGUUCUGUUUGGAUUACGUUCAACAGCCUUGUACUAGUAAUUGAUUAGGAAUAAAAUAUUACA